AUACAUUAGUUACAUUACGUUGUACUGUUUUUAAAAAACAUAUAAAAAUAUUAUUUGCUAAUAUUUCUGUAAUACAAAAUGGCUGGUCAAGAGAACAAUAAGCCCAAUCAGGAUAAAGCUGAAGCUGAUAGUGAAAUUACGCCGAGCGAUGAAUACAACGAUGAUAAUAUUUGUGAAGAGUAUGAAAUGUUGGAUUCAAAACUGGAUGAGCUAAAUACGGCUCUUGAUUUUCUGGAACAAAAGAAUGAUGAUAUUCACAAAAAAUUGAAGGAACUUCUUCAGUCUAAUAUGGACAUUAGACAGCAACUGCAAAAUGAGAACUCCUUGUCUCCUGACAAGUAAAUAAAAAUAAAUGUGAAUAUUUAUGGGAUGUUAUAUUUAUAUUCAUUAUAUCUUAUAGUCCAUAUUUAAACAAUAUCAUAUAUUUGCAUUGUGAUUACAAACUGCAUUAGGAAUAUUAAACAUAUUAAUAACGGCCGCCACCGGCACCCGCGCCGAGUCAUCGGGCGCGGAGGGCUGCGGCCCACAGUCUGCGCCGGUCCGUCACCGUAGACGCAAGCUACAAGCUCCUGAUGACGCUCCUUGGUAAGGAGUGAAACAUGUCGAGCGUUUUCGACUUAAAAUACGUGAGUGACCUGUUAUUAAUAUGUUUAAUAUGUCUGAGUCUCACGGAAGUUUUGUUAUUAAAAUUGCAUUAGGAAUUCAAUAAAACUUCUUUUACACAUAUUAAGUGCUUUUUGAACUUUCACUCAGUAAUAGUUUUGUUAUUUCAUAAGUAAUAAUUUCAGAAAUAUUUGUGGAUAAUUUGCCAUAAAUAAAAUUAUUAAAUCAUUAUGUAAGAUCUAAUAGUAUAUUACAAAUUAUUGCUACAGGGCAUGUAAAGAAUACAUUUAUUGAUUGUUAGUGUUUGUGUGUGACAUGUUAUCACACGCAAAAUGUCCCAUGCAAGUGUGUAACACAAUCUUUAGUUUGUUUAUUGCUGGCGACACACAUUAAGUAGCUACUUUUGAAGUAUUUGUGUAUGAUGUUUAAUACCAAACUUACCAAAGCUGUGUGUUGCAGGCUAAGUCUGUUAAAUUAUUUCAAUCCAUUUAAGUAAUGUGAUAUCAUUAGAAGAGUAAUUUCAAGGACAGGACUGAUUUUUUUUAUUUUCAUACCCAAAGUGUAUGGGGUCUGUUGCUAUUCUAAUUAUACCUGUUGCAUUAAAUGAUGAUCCCUAUGACGGUUAUAGUUGGUCAAACCAAAUUGUCAGUAAAUAAGAACAAAAAAAAAACUAUACUCAUCCUUUUCUUUUGGGUGCUAGUACUGGUAUAAGACAAAGAUAGUAUGAUUCUCUCUAUAUUUGAAAUGAGACAGUCCUUUGACAAACUAUAAUUUUUUAUAUGUAGUAGCUAUCACAUAAAAUGUUUGAAGACAUGUUUUUGGAAGUUUAGAAACAUAACAUUUAAGUAAUAAAUAUAUGGUAUACAUAUUUCUUCAUUUUUUUUAAAGAAGCCCAGCAAAAUGGGAAUUGUAAGAACUGUCAUAGGGUUGAACAUUGGAGGUGACAUAAAAUACCAUUAUAUUCUCUAAUGGUAACAUAUUACUUCAAUCUCUCAAUCAAGAUGCUUACUGUGAUAGAAAUGUUACUUGUAUUAUAAUUAUUUAGGUAUUACUGACUUUUGAUUGUUGUUUUUCUAUUAACCUUUCAUAUGCGCUGUCAAAAAAUUUCUAUUUAAAUAGCAAUCUAGACAACUUCAUGUUUAAGUUAAAUAUAUAUGGAGCAGAUCUGCUCCUAAGCAUAAAUAAAUAAAUAUUAUAGGACAUUCUUACACAGAUUGACUAAGUCCCACAGUAAGCCCAAGGAGGCUUGUGUCAUGGGUACUCAGACAGCGAUAUAUAUAAUAUAUAAAUACUUAAAUACAUAGAAAACAACCAUGACUCAGGAACAAAUAUCUGUGCUCAUUACACAAAUAAAUGCCCUUACCGGGAUUCGAACCCAGGACCAUCGGCUUCACAGGCAGGGU